UGCACAGAGCUCCAGAGAGUUUCUUCCCACGGAGACCAGCAGAAGAGUGGGCGAACAUGAAGUCCAAUCCUGCCACCCAAGCCGCCAUCGACCUCACAGCCGUGGCCAUAGGGGGCACAGUAUGUGUCCUGACGGGGCAGCCUUUCGACACAGUGAAAGUGAAGAUGCAGACGUUCCCGGGCCUGUACAAGAGCCUCACCUACUGCUGCCUGAAGACGUACUCACAAGUGGGUUUCCGGGGCUUCUACAAGGGGACUGGCCCAGCGCGGACUGCCUCCGUCGCCGAGAACUCUGUCCUCUUCAUGUGCUAUGGCUUCUGCCAACAGCUUGUGAGGAAAGUGGUUGGAUUGGACAAGCAGGAGAACCUGAGUGAACUGCAGAGCGCAACUGCUGGGUCCUUCGCUUCCGCGUUUGCUGCGCUGACCCGGUGCCCCACUGAGCAUGUGAAGUGCCUGCUACGGGCCAUGUACGAACUGGAAAUGUCAGGGAAAAUAACAAAAAGCCAGAACACAGUCUGGUCCGUUGUGAAGAGUAUACUUAGAAAAGAUGGCUUCUUGGGCUUCUACCACGGACUUUCGAGAACUCUACUUCAAGAAGUACCCGGCUAUUUCUUCUUCUUCGGUGGCUAUGAACUGAGUCGAUCAUUUUUUGCCUCGGGGAGAUCAAAAGAAGAACUAGGCCCUGUCCCUUUGAUGGUAAGUGGUGGAGUUGUUGGAAUUUGCCUUUGGCUUGUCAUAUACCCAGUGGAUUGUAUUAAAUCCAGAAUUCAUGUUCUUUCCAUGUCUGGAAAACAGGUUGGAUUUAUGGGAACUCUUGUAAGUAUUGUGAAAAACGAAGGAAUAGCAGCCUUGUAUUUUGAAAUGAAAGCUAUUAUGACUCGAGCAUUCCCUGCCAAUGGGUCACUAUUUUUGACUUAUGAAUAUAGAAGGAGGAGGAGGAUGAGCCAGGUUGAAGCAUAUUGA